AUGGUCGACUGGACAUCACCGGCGGAGGUUGCCAAAGAUGGAGACGCUUUCGACAGGUUUAUGCACACGCUGCUCGGGCUCUACCUCUGGGAGUUCUUCACCUCUUUACCUUUUGAUUGGGACUUCAUCAGCGGCAAGAAGAAGUUCAGAUGGCCUCUGAUCUUCUACUUCGCUGGCCGGUACUUCUUGCUGUUCGCGCUGAUUGGCAUUGCCAUUGCGUUGAAUGUCACCAAAGAGGUAAACUGUCAAGCACUGUACACGUAUAACCAGAUCUUCGGUAACGCGUCGAUUGGGCUUGCGAGUAUCAACCUCUCGUUGCGCACGAUGGCAGUUUGGUCGCAGGCGUGGUACAUCGUUGUCCCGCUGGUACUCGUCAUCCUCGGACACUGGUCAUUGCUUCUGCACGGAGUUCUGCUGAAAGCCGCUUGGAUACCCGCGGACGGCGGCUGUGUCAUCACGAACACGGACAACACGAUCCUCGCCGUCACCUUCAUCUACUCCAUGGCCUUCGACUUCACCGUGCUGAUGCUCACCGCAUUCAAGCUUGCUUUCCCUACCCGCCGCAAGGAGCAGUCGCGCAUCGUCCAGCUCAUCUUUGGGGAUGGUCUCAUUUUCUUCAUUAUCGCUUUCCUGGCGAAUCUGCUCGCAACGAUCUUCAUGUUAUUGAACCUCAAUGCUGUCAUGUCCAUCAUUGCAAACGUACCCGCGGCAAUUGCGUCGACGAUCGUGGCGUGCCGUGCCGUCCGCAGGCUCAGCAACUACACGACGGAAGGUGCAGAGGUCUUUGGCUCGUCGCUCAGCUCCACCCUUGCGUUCAGCCGCGGCGGACGAAGCCGCAACCCCGCACUAUCUGUUCAUGAUAAGAAGCAAGAGGGCGUGCACGUUCAGAUGGAGACGUUUGCGGCAGUCACAGAUGGACUACCCUCAGACCAAUCGUUCAUGCAGUACGACGUUAAUGGCAAGGUCACCAAGCAGGAUCAUGAAGCCUUCGACGUGGAGUCUCAGGUGUUGCCAGACGAGUACAAACACGAGCUCUAG